CCUGAAUCCAACCCUGAUACAGCAGCAACGAUGGCCGAACAAGCAAAGAAGUACAGUCCGCCCGACCCUAUCCUCCUCACGCUCUUCGCAAACCGCUUCAUGAGCGUUGCGGAAGCGAUGGGUCGGUCUCUCCAGCAAACCGCGAUCAGCACAAACAUCAAGGAGCGACUUGACUUCUCGUGUGCCCUGUUUGCGCCGGACGGGGAUCUCGUCGCGAAUGCGCCGUUCAUCCCCAUCCAUCUCGGGUCCAUGAGCUUCGCGGUUAAGUACCAGAUGAAGCUGCACGGCAAGACCCUGAAGCCUGGGGACGUCCUCAUGACAAACUCCCCGCACGCCGGCGGCUCGCACCUCCCGGACAUCACGAUCAUCUCCCCCGUCUUCGACUCUGAAACUGACCCGAAGGAGAUCAUCUUCUUUACCGCAUCGCGCGGGCACCACGCGGACAUUGGGGGGAUCCUGCCCGGGUCGAUGCCGCCGACGUCGACGACGAUCUUCGAGGAGGGCGCGAACAUCGUAAGCUUCAAGAUCGUGAACGACGGCGUGUUCGACAAGAAGGGCUUGGAGGAGCAUAUGGUUGAGAAGCCGGCACGAUACCCCGGAAGCUCGGGGUGUAGGAACCUGAGGGACGUGGAGAGCGACUUGAAGGCGCAAAUCGCAGCAAACCACAAGGGUAUCCAGCUCAUCCAGCAGAUUGUCGACGAUUACGGCUUGGAGACCGUGCAGGAGUACAUGUACCACAUCCGCGCGAACGCAGAGUCUUCGGUGCGCAACCUCCUUCGCGACGUUGCGAAGCGCGCCGGCACGAACGUCCUCGAGGCGGUCGACUACCUAGACGACGGAUCGCCUAUCCGAUUGAAGGUGGAGAUCGAUGAGAAGAACGGCUCUGCCGUUCUGGACUUUGAGGGCACCGGAUGCGAGAUCCGGGGGAACCUGAACUCGCCCAUUUCGGUCGUGCACUCUGCUGUCAUCUACUGCAUGCGUGCCAUGCUCGAUAUGGACAUCCCCCUUAACGCCGGAUGUUUGGUGCCCAUCACUGUCAAGAUACCCGAGGGCUCGCUCCUUGCCCCGUCAAAGACUGCCGCAGUCUGCGGCGGCAAUGUUUUGACGUCGCAGCGUAUUGUCGACGUUGUCCUGCAUGCGUUCCACGCCUGCGCUGCCAGUCAAGGGUGCACGAACAAUCUGACGUUCGGCGCAGGAGGCAAGGACAAGGACGGCACCAACGUCACCGGCUGGGGUUAUUACGAGACGAUCGCAGGCGGCUCGGGUGCAGGCCCGACCUGGCACGGCACCUCCGGCGUGCACACGCACAUUACCAACACGCGCAUUGGCGACGUCGAGAUCCUCGAGCGCCGCUACCCCGUUGUCGUGCACCAGUUCGGCAUCCGCGAGGGCUCCGGCGGCAAGGGCCGCUUCCGCGGUGGCGACGGCGUCGUCCGCGAGAUCGAGUUUCUCGAGCCGCUCCAGGUCUCUAUCCUCUCCGAGCGCCGCACGCGGCAGCCAUACGGGAUGGAGGGCGGCGAGCCUGGUGCGCUGGGAAGAAACACGUGGGUGAAGCAGCCGAGGAAGGAGGACGGGGACUUCCCCGAGGAAGAGGUGGAGGUGAGGAAGGAACCGCUGAAGCCGAGAAAGAUCAACAUCGGGGGGAAGGCGACGGUGUUCAUGGGCAAGGGCGACCGGUUGCUUAUUGAGACACCUGGGGCGGGAGCAUGGGGCUCACCCGCGGACCAGGAGGAGGCGUUGCACACGCACAAGCAUGAGUGGGCGCCUCGAGGCAGUCUGGCGGAGCGCGAGGCGGCGCAGGCCGGCUUCUGAAGAUCUGAAGUUUGAGGGUGAAUGACGGAAAGAAGGAAUUACAUACUAGCCCCAAUGCACGGUCUACUGAUAGCGCAUUAUGGGACGGAAAGUUGUG